AGCUGGCUCGGGGCGCCGCAUGCGACCGGCGCAUGCGUAGGGGAUCUGGCCUUGCUGGGGGCCCGCCCGGCUGCCGCUGCUGGUCAGCCGGGGAGAGCGGAGGAGCUGCACACCCGAGAGUCGCCCGGGGUCCUGGUCGGCCGAGUAGGCCGUUGCCAUGAGUGGGAAGUCGCUGCUGCUGAAGGUGAUUCUCCUGGGCGAUGGUGGCGUUGGGAAGAGCUCCCUCAUGAACCGCUAUGUCACCAACAAGUUUGACUCUCAGGCUUUCCACACCAUUGGGGUGGAGUUCCUCAACCGGGACUUGGAAGUGGACGGGCGCUUUGUGACCCUCCAGAUUUGGGACACGGCCGGACAGGAGCGCUUCAAGAGCCUGCGGACCCCUUUUUACAGGGGGGCGGACUGCUGCUUAUUGACCUUCAGUGUAGACGACCGCCAGAGCUUUGAGAAUCUGGGCCACUGGCAGAAGGAGUUUAUCUGUUAUGCCAACGUGAAGGAUCCGGACCACUUCCCUUUCGUUGUGCUGGGCAACAAGGUAGACAAGGUGGAGAGGCAGGUGACCACCGAAGAAGCCCAAGCCUGGUGCUUGGAAAAUGGAAACUACCCCUAUCUGGAGACCAGUGCCAAGGAUGACACAAACGUGGCCGUGGCCUUUGAGGAAGCUGUUCGGCAGGUAUUGGCCGUGGAGGAGCAGCUGGAGCACUGUAUGCUGGGCCACACCAUUGACCUUCACUCCAAUGCCAAGUCAGGGUCUUCUUGCUGUUGAGGACAGCUACAUGACAGAAGCCAGAUCCUUGAACCAGCCACCCCGCAGUAGAGGUUCUGGAGGAGGCCCUUAGAAUGUAGUCAGAAAGGGCGGGCAGGAGGUCCAGGGACAGCUGGAGGUAGCCAUUCUUCUGUCUUAGCAUACCUAAUAUAUUGGGCUCAACAUCAAAUCAAAUAGAGUUACGGUUUGUUGUAUGGGCUAGAGCUGCCAAUGAGGUGUGUGGCAAGCACUGUAGACAUUCCAUAAAGUAUUUUAUGAACUGGAAAA